AUGCUGGUCCAGGUCGUGGCUUUGCUGAGUCUGGGGCUGCUCUGCAGCUCGGCGCCAAUGCCCGCCACCGGACCCACCGGCGCCGGGAGAUACUCGCCGCAGGAGGAGCGCUCCAGGGCUUUGGUAGGACUGAUCAUUCGAGAAGUUCUCCAAGACAUGCAGAAACUAAAUUUAAAUGCAGUUCCCAGCGUUGUCACGGUGAAUGCUACGGUGGAAAGAUGUAUGCACAGCCACCUGAAAACCUUCUCUGGCACCUUGGCAGCUCUCGACAGGCCGAGCAAAGUCAUCGCCAGAAAACUGGCUACAGUCAACGCCUACAAAAACAUCCUCCCCAAAAUCGUCUCCCGCGGACACCUCCGCGGCCUCUCGGGGGAAGCGCAGAGCGGGCGGCUCACCGCGCUCCGCUGCCCGCACACGCUCUCGGGAUCUGCUGAGGUUUGCUCUGGGGUGUCCAGCUACUUUCUGCCUCUGAAGGAAACGCCGCAUGUGCAGAACAAGGCUAAAUCGGCAAUAAUUGACGAGAUGCUUUGCUUACUUAAAGCUGAAAAUGAGGCCAUAAACGAGUCGUUCUCCAAACCGCUUUACAUCAAGAACCGAAGUUGUGCACAUUAUAACACCAAAAACUUUAUUAAGGAACUGGAGAAGAUACCCACAUGUAAGUGCAUGAAGACAGUUGAACAAGAUAUGAUACAGCUGGAAAAAACCUGUCCCAUGUUGAAGAAACCUUCGUCCAACGACAGUAGAUGUUCAGAGAUGACACAAACAAAUUUCACACGCUUUAAAGAGAGCCUGGAAGAAUUCUUGAAAUGGAUCAACGGGAAGCAGAACUGCAGCAACAUCGUGAGAAGUGAGUCGGGUUUGUAUCCGGACGGCAAAUGCCACUGCCCUGACCUGUGGAAAUCCCACCAAGGCGUGCUCUAG